AUGGCUAAUGUACAUACACUACGAGAUAUUAACUCUAAUAAAGGUUAUCGUCUUGGCAAUAUGCGUGAGCAAGAGCUCGAAGAAUCUUUACAUCAUAGUUUAAAUGUAUUUGAUAAUGUUAAUGGUGAGAAACAGAAGUUAUAUACCCAUACUUCGGAACUCAUUAAUGAGACUAAGCGAUUAAAGAUUGAAAAUGCUGAUCUUACUUCCAAGAAUAUUCGUAAAGAACUUUCUAUUACAGAAUCUAAUGCUGAGAAUGCCAUCAAAUCCAAAAAAAUUAGAUCGCUUGAAUCUAUGAUUAAAAUAUUGGAAAGUAAGUUGUCUUCAGCUCAGGAAGAUGUAAUUUCUAUUCAAAAUGACUCAUUGAAAAAAGAAUCCGAAAAUUUAUCUCUCAAAUCUAAAAUAGCUGAAUUAGAUCAUAUAAAGAGCUCAUUGGAAUCGAAAGUUAAUGAGCUUGAGUGUCUGAAAUCGGAGGGUAUAUCGAAACCCAUAGUUGGUGGAGAUGACGGAAAAAAUAUUACUAAGUCUGAUAAUAUAUCUUUGGGUAGUACUGAUCUCAGUAAAUAUUUUGUACGCAGAAAAAAUAUGGAUCAAGCUGGAAAAAUUGAUACUAUUAUACCGGAUUACACUGAUGAUGAAAGUACUCCUAUACCCAAAUCUCCGAGAGUAAAUAUUGAGAUUAUUCCCAAGAUUCCGAUAGGAGGGAUAGGAGCGAUUCCCAUUGUGGCAAGUACUUUGAUGUCACCUUUAUCAGCAUAUAUUUGUCUUAUUCUAUUAAUUAUCGCAGUUAUGUGGUUCGUGGUAUUGAGACGUACAUGGAAUACAAGUAAAAAACAUGAUCGGUUACUGGAUACGUGGAUCGGAUAA